GGGAUAAGAGCCAGUGCACUUGAGAAAGCCCACCGUAGGCUGUCUCGACGUGUAUGUUCUGAACGCUCCGCAACAUGUUAAUGAGUUUUCGUCUGCUCCCAACGAAAAAUUCACGUGGCGUAUUCAGUAUACGAAAGAAAGACAUUAGUUCAAGACAUUUACCCUCUUGAUCGAGUCUUUUACUUAGUACCAAUUGUGCAAUAAGCAAACUGAGGAAGAUGCCAGGCAAAGGGGGCAGAAGAGGAAAGUACGGUGGAAAAAGAGCUGAGUUUACAUCUGAUGAGGAUUCAAUCAACAAUGAUGCGUGCAGCGAGACCAGCGGCCAAUCCGACAAUCGUAGUGUGCUGGAGGACGCGAAUGACAACGAGGUGGACGAGCUCGCGCAGCAGGAAGCGUUCGAGGAGAAGGUGAAGGAGGCGAUCGAUGGUUUGACGCAGAAGAGCGCGAAGGGUCGAAUUAUCUGUUUUAAUGGUAUAGAGAAAAUUUUCGCCAUCAAGUAUAUACCUGAUUUCGUGGAGGAUAGAAAGAUGACUAUCACGGAUGCUGUGGAGCGUGGCUUGAAGAAGGGACGCGGCGAUGAGCAAUCGACAGCUGCCAGAUUGAGCACCCUGUUGUGCGUCCAGUUGGGCGCCUUCAAGAGUGCCGAGAUGGUUUGCAGAGAUCUAAAAUCGAUUCUCACCUUCAUCGCUAACGACAAUACAGCUUCUGUCCAUGCUCGCGCCGAGUGUUGCUGGGCGUUAGCCAUGAAUCAAUUCUUGUCGGGCAACGAUACGACUGACACCAUGGAAAUCGCACAAUUAUUGUCGUCUAUCUUUUCGGGCUCUUAUUUGAAGGGAAACGGCGCGAUCGCAAACAUAUCUCCGGACGUGGCAGCGUUACACGUGGCAGCUAUCUCAUCGUGGACCCUGCUUCUAACAGUUAUGACCUCCGCGGAUAUCUACAAUUUACUCGCGAGCGGCAAGACGAACAGUUACAUGCCUUCACUCAAUCGAUUACGCGAAUUGUUGGAAUCACCACAUCUCGACGUACGUCUAUCAGCCGGCGAGGCGCUAGCGAUAAUAUUCGAACUCGGUCGUGAUUUCUCCUGCGACUACGAGCAAAAUUGGGCGCUUGAUCUAAUCGAAAUUCUCAAGGAACUCGCCACAGAUUCCAACAAGUACCGUGCUAAGAAAGAUCGCAAGCAGCAACGCGCUAAUUUUAGAGAUAUUCUGCGUUAUAUCGAGGAAGAUAUCGUUCCGGAGAUGCAUGUGAGAUUUGGUCAGGAAAUUCUGUAUUUAGGGGGAUGGUGUGCGAGAACCCAGUACAACGCUUGCUGCCGGCUAUUAGGCACCGGUAUCAAUUUUCAUCUUGCUGAAAAUCAACUCUUGCGCGAGAUCUUUCACCUCGGCAACAAAGUUCUACCUCCGCCAGUCACAAUCAAAACGAGUAAAUUAGAGCGAACAUUGAUGAACGCGGCCGCGUUCAAGGCACGCACCAUUCAGCGCAACAAGAAUCGCGAUAAACGAUCUGCAGCUAUGGCACCGUAAUCUUACUUCUACUCUCCUAUGCUGGUUGUCUCAUUUUAGUGUAAUACAAAUAUAUUUGAAUUUUUCCUUUAAUUUAUUGUAACUAUUUAAUAGCAUAAAUUACUGUUUUCUUAGUCGAUUCUUAAAUCGAAAUUGUACAAAUAUUCUCCACAUUACAUACGCCCUUUCUCCUUGCAUAAAUUUUGUCAAUGUUAAUAUGUGAUUCAUCUUGUCACUUUAAUGGCUAUAUUUAUUUAAUGAUAUAUAUACUUAAUGAUUUAACAAAUCCACGUGUAUAUACAAAUCAAAAUAUAUGUAUAUAUACAAUUGUAAUGCUGGUAACAAUGAUUAUAUUAUAUAUCAUAUAAAUUAUUUUAUCACAUGCAUUAAGUGUUUUAUCAACUCGAAUAUUGAUGAUCUUUUGAACUGUUAUUGUUUCUCUCUUGGAUAUAUUAAUUGUAUGUUAAAUACAUGUUGAUUUUGGCAAUGAAAUUACCUGUUUUAAUUGCUAGAGAUUGAAUUGUCUGAUUUAAAAAUGGUAAUAUGCAAAUGCAUGGAAUUAUUUCAUAUAUAACAGUAAUUGUAUACAGUAAGUAAAAUGUACGAAAUAUUACUAGCAAUGUACAUAAUUAGUAAGUUAUAUGUAAGUUGUAAUGACGUAUUCAAUUAAACUAAAAUGUAGAUUAUAUAAAAAUAAACGUCAACGAUAAAAUUA